AAGUUUUUGUUUUGCACAGGUGGCAGAAAAGCCCCAAGUGUCACAGCAGGUAAAACCUGUGUGCCAUCUACAGCUACAACAACUAAUUCUCAUGAUCAGCUGCCAGUAUUUGCUAUAGCAGAUGCACAAUUCAAUGAAAUGUGACUUUCUAAAAAUAAACAGCCUUGUAAGACAUCUGCUGUUGGAGUAUUUGACAGUGUCCUAGUGGGAGACGCACGCACCACUGAACACUCACCCAGCUCUUGAAUGAAACACGCUUACACCUUUCACCACUACAAUACAAUUUAAAAACAAACAAAAAAAUCUGAUUCGAUAUAUUACAUAAUUAUCACGAUUCUAAUUCUUCCUCAGGAUUUUCGGGUGCAAAUAUCUUGCGUAAUAUCACGUAAAAGACACAUGAAAUUCAUAAGAGGGAGACGUGAGAUGGAACAAUAGAAACGCGUAAAGUAGACUUAUUUGGACACCUAAAAUAAGUGACAGCGGUGAUCUGGCUUUGUGUGAUCAGGACAGUUUGGCGUGGUCGGGAAUCUUGAAGAAAAGAGGAAGAAAGAGUCGUAUUGUUUUGCGCAAAGCGGCAGCGGCUGCCGGCGACCUUGGGUCCGGUACCGGGGGAACGACACAGUGAGACGCGCUUGUCUCUUGAACCUUAUAGUUGGAUUCGUGUUGUCUGAACGUGUUUUAUUAUUAAUAUUCUGUCCACAGCAUCUCUGAUUCACAGACUCGAUCAUGACUGUUGUGAGGACUCUUGACGUCAGAGGGGAGAAUCAUCGGUGAGGUCCAAUGGGGGGAAUAUCAAGCGAGGCAGAGCUAUCGUCCUACCAACAGUAUUAGCCAUGCUAACCGACGAGCACCUCGCCUUUCAACAGGACUUAACCCGCCAAAGAUGACGAUUUUACUCAACUGCGUGAAACAAAGGGCAUUUUAGUUCUUCUUUUAUGUUGUUCUUCGUCUCUUUCUGGGUCCUCCUUCUCCCCCUUCAUCUCCAUCUCCUCUCGUAUGACAGGCACGGACUGCGCGCAAGCUCGGGGGAGAAAAAGGCAUUGCAGCUUCAUGGCACUGAGCUAUGAUUCACUCUCUUGCAGCAGCAAUGAGCAACCAACUUCAAAACACCUCUUCCCUCUCCACGGCGGGCACGUGGAAUCUCCUGGAUGUGCGGAACUCGUCACCGGUGCGAACGGCAGAGCUGAGGCCGCUUCCCGUUAGCCCGUGGGACAUUGCGCUGUGUGUGACGGGCACGCUCAUCUCCUGCGAGAAUGCAAUCGUGAUCGCCAUCCUCUUCUACACGCCCACCUUGAGAGCCCCCAUGUUUAUUCUGAUAGGGAGCCUCGCGUUUGCGGACCUGCUCGCGGGACUCGGCCUCAUUCUCAACUUUGUCUUCAUCUAUAUGCUGAACACGGAGUUUGUGACUCUGAUCUCCGUCGGCUUGUUGAUUGCCGCCUUCUCUGCAUCCGUGCUCAACAUCCUGGCCAUCACGGUGGAUCGCUACCUGUCCCUCUACAACGCUCUGACCUACCACACGGAGCGCACGGUGACAUUCACCUAUGUCAUGGUGGUUCUCAUUUGGCUGGUGUGCAUCAUCCUGGGCCUACUGCCAGUGCUCGGCUGGAACUGCCUCCGAGACGAGGCCAGCUGCAGUAUCUGCCGGCCUGUCACCAAGAACAAUGCCGUGGUGCUCGCUGUGACGUUCUUGCUGGUGUUUGCCCUCAUGAUGCAGCUUUACCUACAGAUCUGUAAGAUUGCCUUCCGCCACGCGCAGCAAAUCGCUGUUCAGCACCAGUUCAUGGCCAUUUCCACCACGAAAGGCGUAUCUACGCUCUCCGUCAUCCUCUGCACCUUUGCCGCAUGUUGGAUGCCCUUCGCCAUGUAUUCGAUUGUGGCAGACUCCAGCUACCCGAUGAUCUACACGUAUGCAACUGUGCUGCCGGCGACAUGCAACUCGGUCAUAAACCCAAUCAUAUACGCUUACAGAAAUCCAGACAUCCAGAAAUCCCUGUGGCUAGCCUGCUGCGGAUGCGUGCCGUCCAACUUCUCCUUGCGGCCAAGGACAUCGAGCGAUGUAUAGGUCGGACUCACGUAAUUAGUUUGUACUGUGUCAGUGUUAAUGAUAUGAUGUCCUCCCUUGGUGGGAUCCCAAACGUUGCUGGUGUUCGAAUCCGAGAUGUCAACCUGCAAUGUAUAAUUAGAUAUCUGUAACGCAUAGUAGACCUCUAUGCAUAAAAUUUCAAAUUAUACCAGAUGUGAGAACAGAACAAUCAAAAUAUUCUAAGCUACGCAGUACAGGCCCAGUGACACAAAAAAAUAGCAUUAACAGUAAAAAUGAUUACAAAACACGUAAAGAUAGCUUUCGUGUUCACGUUCAAGUUCUUUCAGCACCACGGACAGCGGCAGGUACAAUGAGGCUAUUCCCUACUCACCUCUAACACUUAAAUCUGUGUUCACUUAAAAAUGUAUGAAUAACAGAGAGAAAACACGGUCCCGCGAGCGAAAAUUAUAGCGCUUCUGGCAUCUGUCGCCUUACAGCCAAUUUUAUCAAAUCACUUUUUCAGAAACCAGAAAAAAAUGCCCUCUUUUCAUUUUAACAUGAUUUGUUUCUUUCAUAAAUUAAAAAAUCCCUGGGAAAAGCCAAUUUGUUUAGACAUGCUGAAUUGGUUUAUUGUCUAACGUCCCUAAUGACAGUGAAAUAUCUUCCGCCACGAAGUUGUAAAUCAAAUCAUAUUUUCACACAUUUUUGGUCUCCGCAAUCCACUGAACACACGAUUUGGUUUUGGUGUGAAACGGCGGGGUUAAUGAAGGUCUGAGCGUGAAAUGAGGUGUCAGCCACAACGCUUUAAAUUCGACGUCAGGCAACAUCUUUGCAAAAGGCCAACUGAGACAUGAACGCUUAAAUAAGACAAGCGCUUCUGGGUCUGUACAGAAAAAUGAUCCCGGUGAUUAUCAGAUAUAAUUGAGUGUGUAGACUGUACAAUUAGUCCGUCAGAUCAAGGAUCAAUGUUAGGGGCAGGCUUGUGUGUAAAUAGAUCUGCAUGAAGGCCUAUUAAAAGAUCAGAUAACUAGGCCAAAAAGGGACAGAAGGGACUUCAGUUAAGAUUCAGCCAGAAGGACUUUGAAAUAGCAUGUGGGAUUUAAAAAACAUCAUUAAAUCUGCCGAAUUGGGUUUAUAUUAUGCUAUACAACCAAAAAAAAAAAAGCCACAUAAGAAACUCAAAACCGAGAUACACUAUACCAUUCAAAAUGGCGCAAAAGAAACAUGACUAAAGAAUUAAUUCAUAUGCAUAGAUAUUUGUGGAGCUUGAAAUGUGACCGUAACAAAGCCUUGUGAUUUCAAAGGGGGUACGAAUGUCACAGCUGUUCUUUGAUGACCCCUUGUAUCUUAAUUUAGGCCUUACCUUUUCUCUUCUGCAAUAAUGAAUUAACGUGUACCGUUCAUUGAUAGAGCUACAAUCACAAUGAGGCCAUCAACAGAGCUAAUUUUACUUCCUGACUUGAACAUAAAAUCAGAUUGAGAAUAGGUUAGUGAGACCAGGGUGUUUCAACUCUUUAAAUCAACUGUACUGUUUUUUAGGAUGCGCUUUCACAUUGUAGUACAAGUAUUCAAAGUUGGCCUUGAGAGCCCAUGCAGGUGCCCUCUGACUAACCUCAAUACUCUUAGUGACCUGUACGAAAUCUGAUGGACUUUUACGUGGAGGUAUUUCACAGUCUGGACACUGUGGAAGUAUCCUCCAGUCUAUUUUUGUUUUGCACGAUUGUGUGAUACGCCUGAUUGUUUGUGCGUGUGUGUGCGAGAGCGAGAAAACCAUUUGUUUAUAUACCACUCACUUAUGUCAGGAGUGGGGUUCAGUGACCUGUCACACUGUGCCCACUUAUAAAAAAAUAACCCACCCCACGUAAUACACAACACUUGGCAAAUAUCAGUGUUUUUCAGCAAAUCUCUACCGUUAUGUAAUGUAUCUCCACUACAAUGUACUCAAUGGGAUGCCAUAGAUUCAGUUUGUUCAGGGGUGCAGCGGUUAUUUUUCUUAUGCAAUGCUGUAUGGAAACGUAUAUUUUUAUACACAUCAGGGCAUGAGUUUUAUGAUGUCGUUUUGGUGUGUGUGCGUGUAUAUGUGUGUGUGUUCAGUACCUGUAUUCUUAUCGAUGGUUUCCUAGAAAAAGCAAAAACUGAAAAAACAAAAAACAAAAAAUCGAAUGAAACAAAAAUGUGUUGACAAGGCAGAAAGUGCCAUAAUUACACUUACUAGUGUCUUAUUGAUUUUAAUGCAUUUACCAGAUCAGUAAAAACAAGGUUUAUGAGUUGUAACAUCACCUGACUGUGUCGGCAGUACCAUUCACCUUCAAAUUCGCAGCGGUCGAAGCACAGCUUGGUGUCCAGAUAGUUGGCAACCUGACUAUUGAACACAGACAGGAUAUAGUUUGUUUAGAAGCAGUUAGUUUUAAACAUUUCAGUCUAAAAUCUCAAAAACAGACCUAGAGAACCAGGUGGUGCACAUGAAUUCCACCCUCUCUCUUGGACAUUGGAGCCUACUACGGCUACCGGCAGAGCAAUGCAGUCCUCUCUUUAGCGUUCUGUUGGACUGGGACAGCCCUUUUGUGUGCCAGACUACAGACAGAUGGUCCACCCCCAGCCUCAUGCUCAAAAGUGACCUAUCUAAUUACUAACACCACAGAUAUCAUCACAGAAUUGAAGUAUGCCAGGCAGCCAGCCAUCUAGAAUUUCACAUAUCUUCAGUCAGUCAGUAGCGGAUAAAAUAUAAGACGACUGCGUUCCUCUGGAGCUACAGCACAGGCGACGGAGGCUUCUUUUUGAGAUCUAGCGUGAGACCAGCGUACCUGUCGUGACGUCAGCACUGGCGUACAUACAUGGAGAGAGGUCGUCUGAAUGACGGCACCUAACCGCACGGAAGCUCUAUUACCACUAAAUCUGGCCGUGCUAAAAAUAACCUUGAAGAGCAUGAAAUGUUACAUUUAUCUAGGGUACUUGAAAUCCGUUUUCUGGGCCAUUAAGCAGAGCUCUGUGUUUCCCAUCAACAGCUACAUUAGAGUGAGAAGGCGCCUUCCUAAAAUAAGGGAGGGGCGAGAGACAGUAAGCCUUUAGAAGAGCCUCUGGGGUUAUGUAACCACUGCACCCAAAUGUAGCCCAUUCUCCGAAAUCCAAAUCUCUGUGUGUUACCGAUGAAGUCUCACACUAUGAUCUACAAUCACUUUUGCAAUCAUCUACAGAGCUAAGGAAUGUUUUUGUGUAGGUGAACUGUCAGCACAAUUAUGUGGCCCUUAUUAGCAAGCGGUCAGAGAUGUGGAUGGGUGCUCUGAUACUGUGAUGUAAUCGUUGUUGAUCAUUUUCUUGCUUUGUUUGUUUCUCUUUGUAUUGUGAACUGAAAUCUGAAAAGUACGAUGCACUUUAUGAAAGGAACAUGCUACACGUUGCAAUGUAAGUGUGGAAUGUAAUCCUUCCUAAAAAUGAUUUAUUUUUUAUUACUGUAAAUACUGAAACAAAAAGAGAGUGAGUGAGAAAAACUACAACAACAACACGAGGAAAAUACUUUGUCAAAUAAAAUUCAGCAAACUCAAUCACGGUCCAUGGUUGUUUGGUGUCUUUAUCGCGUGUUUGUGUGUGU